AAGAGUAACAAUUUCAACUUUUUUUUAUUCAAUAAUUUUAAAAGCGGGAAAUAAAACCUGCGCAACUCGCAUUUUAGUUUGUUCUAAAAAAAAGUUAAAAGUAAAGAUUCUGGAUUUUGUUUUUCUUUGAUAUUAAUUUUUUAUAAGAAAUUCCAAGUGCCAAGUCACACACAAACAAGUAGUAUAAUGGCUGACACUCAUCAAAAUUUUCCAACAUUGAAGAAUGAUCGUAUCUUAAAAGCAGCUCGCGGUGAACCGGUUGAUAAGAUUCCAGUAUGGGUAAUGAGACAAGCAGGCCGCUAUUUACCAGAAUUCCAAGCAUUUCGCAAAGAACAUGAUUUCUUUGAAAUAUGUCAAACGCCAAAGUUAGCAUGUGAGAUAACACUAAUGCCAAUUAGACGCUACGAUUUGGAUGCAGCCAUUAUUUUCUCUGAUAUACUUGUGAUUCCACAAGCAUUAGGUAUGGAAGUCAUUAUGAAACCAACAGUUGGUCCGGUUUUACCAGAACCUUUAAAGGAGCCAUCUGAUUUAGACAAACUGAAUACCACAGAUGUUGUGUCUCGAUUAAAAUACGUUGGAGAAGCCAUUACUCUUACAAGAACAAAUCUAGAGGGUAAAGUUCCGUUGAUUGGAUUUGCUGGUGCACCUUGGACAAUAAUGUCGUAUAUGAUUGAGGGUGGGGGGAGUAAAACAAUGGCUAAUUCAAAGAAAUGGUUCUACAAAUAUCCAGAAGAAAGUCGAAAAUUACUAAAAAUCAUAACAGACGCUACAAUUGACUAUUUGGUAAUGCAAAUCAAAUCUGGUGCACAAUUAAUCCAAGUGUUUGAAUCGCAUUGUGAAUAUCUAUCGUUGGAUUUAUUCAAUACAUUCGUUGCACCAACUUUACAGCAAAUUUCAUCAGCAAUACGUUCACAAGGAUUUAAGGACAUUCCAUUGAUCUUAUUCUGUAAAGGUGGGUUAUUCUGUUUAAAAGAACAAACUAAAUUAGGUUACGAUGUGUUGGGUAUUGAUUGGACAGUUAAUCCAAAUAUGGCUCGUGAAAUUGUGGGUCCAAACAUCACGUUGCAAGGUAACUUAGAUCCAGUUGCCUUACAUGCACCGCCUGCUCAAAUCGAGAAAUUAACAAAAAGUAUGAAAAAUGCUUUUGGAAAUGAACGAUAUAUUGCUAAUUUAGGACAUGGUAUUUAUCCAGAUGCGCCAACAGAUGCUGUUCAAUCUUUUAUAAAUGCUGUUCAUAAUGCAUGAGUAUAACAUCGCAUGCAUGUUUUGUUAUUGUGUAAUAAUGUUUUUU